AUGGCCGCCCAGAGACGGCUCGCAUGCUGCUUUAAUCCCCCGGAGCGACUUGAGGGUCCGGAGCCCGCUCCUGCCCGUGCCUGCGUGUCGCAGCUGGGCCCGCCGCACGUGGCCCCGGGCCGGAGCCCCGCCGGUGAGCAGCCGGUGAGCAACCGGGAAGCAGCCGGGAAGCAACCGGGAAGCAGCCGGGAAGCGGGCAAGGGCCGGGAGCGCCCGCCUCAGUUCUCUGCCUCCUGCCUCUGCCCAGUCACCUUCACGCUGGUGGGCAGAAUGGGCUCCCCCGUAGCCAGGCCGGGUGCCAGGGUAUGGCUGCGGGAGCAGGACCAGCUGCAGCCAUGCACUGUUGGCUCAUGUGCCGAUGGAAACGUGCUCUUCACCUCCGAUUAUGGCACGGUAUUCCAGUACCCCAAGGCCUCCCUUUCCAGAGACAAGGUCUUGCCAAUGCACCAGACCAGCGUUGAUGGGGUAGAAGACAUGUCCAUGCUGGGAGAUCUGCAUGAAGCUGCCAUCCUGCUUAACCUGCACCAGCGCUACCAACAGGGUAACAUCUACACAAACAUUGGUUCCAUCUUGGCAUCAGUAAAUCCCUACAAACCCAUCCCUGGUCUGUACAGUGUGGAUGCCAUAGACCUGUACAGACAGCACCGCCUGGGUGAGCUGCCUCCCCAUAUCUUCGCCACCGCUAAUGAGUGCUACUGCUGCUUGUGGAAGCGUCAUGACAGCCAGUGUGUUCUGAUAAGCGGAGAAAGUGGAGCUGGAAAGACUGAGAGCACCAAGUUGCUGCUGAAGUUUCUGUCAGCCAUGAGCCAGACCUCCCUCGGGGCCCCUGCGUCUGAGAAGAGCACUCGUGUGGAAGAAGCCAUCCUGGAAAGCAGCCCCAUUCUGGAGGCGUUUGGAAAUGCCAAGACAGUUUAUAACAACAACUCCAGCCGCUUUGGGAAGUUCAUCCAGCUGCACUUCUCUCAACAUGGACACAUCCAGGGAGGCCGAGUAACUGAUUAUUUGCUGGAAAAGAACAGAGUGGUACACCAGAACCCCGGAGAGAGGAAUUACCACAUCUUUUAUGCUCUGCUAGCUGGUGUGAGCGGGGAGCAGAAAGAGAGCCUCUCCCUCUCUGAGCCAGAGACUUAUCGCUACUUGAACCAGUCUGGUUGUGUGACUGAUGAGAACCUGAAUGACAUAGAGAUGUUCAGUAAGGUCAUGACUGCCAUGAAGGUGGUGGACUUCAGCACUGAGGAAAUCAGAGACAUCUUCAAACUUCUUUCUGGCACACUUCAUCUGGGAAAUGUUGAAUUCAUGACAGCUGGCGGGGCCCAGGUUACAACGAAAGCGGUGCUGAACAUUGCCAGUGACCUCCUGGGCUUAGACGCUUUCCAGCUUUCCGAAGUACUGACGCAGAGGUCCAUGAUUCUGCGUGGGGAAGAGAUCAGCUCCCCUCUCACUGUGGAGCAGGCAGCUGACUCCAGGGACUCCCUCUCUAUGGCACUGUAUUCCCAGUGUUUUUCAUGGCUCAUUAGCAAGAUUAAUACGAAGAUCAAAGGCAAGGAAAACUUUAAGUCUGUGGGCAUCCUGGAUAUCUUUGGCUUCGAGAACUUUCAGGUGAAUCGUUUCGAGCAGUUUAACAUUAACUACGCAAAUGAGAAACUCCAGGAGUAUUUCAACAAACACAUCUUCUCCUUGGAGCAGCUGGAGUACAACAGGGAAGGGAUAAACUGGGAAGCCAUUGACUGGAUGGAUAACGCAGAGUGCCUGGACCUUAUCGAGAAGAAACUGGGUCUUCUGGCUUUGGUGAAUGAAGAGAGUCGGUUCCCCAAAGGCACAGACAACACCCUUCUGGAAAAACUUCACAGCCAGCAUAUGAGCAACCACUACUAUGUGAAGCCUCGGGUAACAGACCAUCAGUUUGGCAUAAGACAUUAUGCUGGGGAGGUGCUAUAUGAUGUGAGAGGCUUUCUGGAGAAGAACAGAGAUACCUUCCGAGAUGACGUUUUAAACAUGCUGAAAGACAGCAGGCUGGACUUCAUCUAUGACCUUUUUGAAAGAGUCUGCAGUCGUUGCAGUGAAGAGACACUGAAGAUGGGCACCCAGAGGCGCAGACCGACUGUCAGUUCCCAGUUCAGGGAUUCUCUCCAUUCGCUGAUGGCCACGCUUAGUACUUCCAAUCCAUUCUUCAUCCGCUGCAUCAAACCAAAUACAGAAAAGGCACCGAACCUCUUCAAUCCAGAUGUGGUGCUAAACCAGCUCCGGUACUCAGGGAUGCUGGAGACAGUGAAAGUUCGGAGAGCAGGUUUCCCUAUACGGCGCCUUUUCCAGGACUUUCUCAGCAGGUACAAGAUGCUUGUGAAGGGGCCAAGUUUCUCAGACAACAGCAAAGCUGUAUGUGCAGGCUUUCUUCAGACCUACGACAGCAGCAAGAAAGAAUGGCAGUUGGGUAAAACCAAGGUUUUCCUGAAGGAAGCUCUUGAGCAGAAGCUGGAGAAGGAUCGGGAAGAGGAGUUGAGGAAAGCAGCUAUAGUCAUCCGGGCCCACGUCUUGGGCUACAUGGCAAGGGAAAAGGAGCAACUGAAAGUGCUACUCCAGGUGGCUCAGGUGGAAGCAGUAAAGACUGAGGAGGUAGAUAUUCCCCUGCAAGAAGAAGAGAGACGUCAGAUGGAGGAGAUCUUAAGAUUGGAGAAGGAGAUUGAGAAGUUGCAGCAACAGAAGGAGGAUCACAUGUCUAUAAUCUGUGAAAACACCAGGAAUGAAAUCAAUCGGCAGCGAGAAGAAGAGAUCCAGAGGCUGGAAAAAGAGGCAUCGAGGGUUGCCCAGGAGUUCUUGGAGCUGCUGGAUUUUGGCAAUCUGGAUGAAAGUGUGCAGAACUUAGAGCGCUCACUUUCUAGUGAGGGGACACUCAACAUUGACUGCAGCCUGGUGGCACCACUAGCUGAAGAAGAAGUGGAUGAGGGUUUUCACGCUGAUGACGAAGGACGACCAGCUUCCAGUUUGGUGGUCUUGAAUCAGCAUGGCACAAGAAACAGCAGUAAUUACUCAGAGGAAGGUGCGGACACAAGCCUUUCACUUCUCCAAAGGGAGGUGGGAGAGGUGGUCCCUGCUCCAGGACAACCUGUGGAAAGAACCGCUAGCCCCAAGGAGCAGAGAGCCCUACCUGACCCAGCAGAAAGCAUUUACAGCACUGUCUCAGAUACGCAGAGGAGUAAGAGCGGAGAGGUGGGAGAGACGAUUUACACUUCCCCCCCGGAUGUGGAGUCUGACUAUGACCAUGAGGAGUUCGAUGGCUGUGGAGAUGGAGGUAGCGCCUCAGCUGAGCCCCUGAACGGUGAGGAAGGUCUGAGACACUCCCAUGGUACCAGCCUGGACUCCAACCGUGGCAGCCUGGACUCGUUUCUGGACAGUGAAGAAGAAGAAGUGGAUGUUUACAUUGAUACAGAUGAAGAGUUUUGUAAUGGGCGAGUCACUAUCUUCAAUGGCUCAGGACCACCCUAUUUUCACAGCUAUCUCUACAUGAAGGGAGGUCUCAUGAACCCAUGGAGGCGGCGCUGGUGUGUUCUGAAGAACGAGGCCUUCAUGUGGUUCCGCACCAAGCAAGAGGCACUGAAGUCCGGCUGGCUCUAUAAAAAGGGUGGAGGCAUGUCAACACUUUCACGCCGCAACUGGAAACGCCGUUGGUUUGUGCUUCGAGAAUCCAAGCUGAUGUACUUUGAGAAUGAUAGCGAGGAAAAGCUGAAGGGGACAAUUGAUAUCAGAAGGGCAAAGGAGAUUGUGGACAUUCAUGAAAAGGAGAAUGCCUUGGACAUAGUGACAGAAGACAGAGUUUAUCACAUCGUCGCAGAGUCACCAGAAGAUGCCAGCGGUUGGUUUAAUGUCCUGAGCCGAGUGCACAGCGCUACAGCACAGCAGCUGAGAGAAAUGCAAGAUGAACAGGCCAAUCCAAAGAAUGCUGUGGGAACCCUGGAUGUUGGGCUUAUUGACUCUGUCUGUGCUUCAGACAAUCCUGAUAGACCGAAUUCUUUUGUGAUCAUCACAGCAAAUCGAGUGAUUCACUGCAACAGCGACACCCCUGAGGAGAUGCAUCACUGGAUCUCCCUGCUGCAGAAACCAAAAGGCGAAUCUAAGGUCGAUGGCCAGGAAUUCCUUGUGAGAGGCUGGCUUCAUAAAGAGGUUCAGAGCAGCAACAAGAUGUCCUCUCUGAAGAUGAAGAAACGCUGGUUUGUUCUGACAAACACUGCCCUCGAUUACUACAAGUCAUCUGAGCGCACAGCUGCCAAGCUUGGCACGCUUGUGCUCAAUAGCCUCUGCUCUGUAGUGCAGCCCGAUGAGAGAGUCUUCAAAGACACAGGCUAUUGGAACAUCAUUGUCCAUGGGCGAAAGCACUCCUACAGACUGUACACGAAGCUGUUGAACGAAGCUAUGCGCUGGGCCUCUGCCAUUCAAGGUGUCAUUGACAGCAAAGUUCCCAUAGAAACACCUACACAGCAACUAAUUCGUGACAUCAGGGAAAACAGCACCAACUUUGAAGUAGUCGAACAGACGUAUAGGAGGAACCCAAUCUUGCGAUAUACCCAGCACCCAUUGCAUUCCCCAUUGCUCCCGCUACCGUAUGGAGAUGUUAGUGUCAACUUGCAACAAGAGAAGGGUUACAGCAGCUUACAGGAUGAAGCAGUGAAGAUCUUUAACUCCCUUCAGGAAAUCGAGACAGUGUCUGACCCCAUACCCAUUAUCCAAGGCAUUCUGCAGACCUGCCAUGAUUUAAAGCCCCUUCGUGAUGAAGUCUACUGUCAGCUCAUCAAACAAACUAAUCACAUGCCACAUCCCAACAGUACUGGGAACCUGCACCACUGGCAGCUGAUGUCAUGUAUGAGCUGCACUUUUCUGCCCAGUAGAGGGAUCCUUCGCUACCUCAAGUUCCACCUUCGAAGGGUAAAAGACCUCUUUCCAGGCUCAGAAAUAGACAGGUAUGCGCAGUUCAUAAGUGAUUCCCUGAAGAGAACAAAGACGAGGGAGUUCGUGCCCUCCCAGGAGGAAAUACAAGCUCUUCUCACCCGUGAAGAAAUGACCACAACAGUGUACUGCCAUGGCGGUGGCUCCUGUAAAAUAACCAUCAAUUCCCACACAAGCGCUGGGGAGGUGGUUGAAAAGCUGAUCCGAGGUUUAGCAAUGGAGGACAGCCGUAAUAUGUUUGCGCUCUUUGAACACAAUCAGCAGGUGGACCGUGCUGUUGAGAGUCGGGUGAUUGUGGCUGAUAUCUUGGCCAAGUUUGAGAGACUUGCUGGCUCUGAAGAAGAAGAGGAGGAAGGACAGUGGCAGCUGUAUUUCAAGCUUUAUUGCUUCUUGGAUAUUGAGAAUGUUCCCAAAGAUGGGGUGGAGUUUGCCUUCAUGUUUGAGCAGGCUCAUGAAAGCCUCAUAGAUGGUCACUUUCCUGCACCAGAGGACACUCUGCAGCGCCUAGCAGCUCUACGGCUGCAGUACCUUCAUGGAGAUUAUUCUAAAAUAAGUUGGACUCUGGAUGGAAUCUACCCAGUUAACAGACUAAAAUCCAAAAUACUGCACUCAACAAAGAGCAGCGGCACUACCAGUCACACUCUGGAGAGGAGACGGACCAGCUUCCUUGAAGGGACAUUGAAACGUGGCUUCAAGACAGGCUCUGUAAAGAAGCAGAAGGUAGAAGAGGAGCAGAUGAUGGAGAUGUGGGUAAAAGAAGAGCUUUCAGCUGCUCGGGCAAGCAUAGCACAGAAAUGGACCAAGCUGCAAGGACUCUCUCAGCAUCAGGCCAUGGUGAAAUACAUGUCCAUUGUAAAGGAGUGGCCGGGUUACGGAUCAACCCUGUUCGAUGUUGAGUGCAAGGAGGGCGGAUUUCCAAACGAUCUUUGGCUUGGAGUCAGCACAGAGAACGUGUCUGUCUACAAACGAGGGGAUCCUAAACCACUAGAAACGUUCCAGUACGAACACAUUGUUUUCUUCGGAGCACCGCAGCCUAACACCUUCAAAAUUACAGUGGAUGAGAGAGAAAUGUUCUUUGAAACAUCCCAGGUGGGUGAGAUAAUAAAGAUCAUGAAAGCAUACAUCAACAUGAUUGUGAAGAAACGCUGCAGCGUCAAAUCGGCCACCAGUGUGGACAGUCGUGCUAGCAUCUGGACUAGGUGAUAUGAAUGCACUGCCACGGGAGAGAGGCAGUUGUUUUAAUGAUUGGUGUUUGCAACUUGCCAGCACAAGUGUAGCAAAGAUGUUUUUUUAAGAACUCCACUUGACUGACUGUUUAAAAACUGAAGUGACAUCUACAGUACCAUAGGAUUUGCACCUCUGCCCAAAGACAUUAAACAGCAACAACCGUUGUUAAAUAUUAAUGGCCCAAAACUUGUUUUCCCCCUUGCUUGUUUGAUGAACAAAGUACCUUAAAGAAGCAACAUCAGAAGCA